UGUACUUAUGUUUAAAAUUGAUUUUGUAAAGAACAUGUGCAAGGUUUGUGUAGUCUGUAUAGAAACUAUGGCCGCUAGACAAACAAUAUUAAACAUACAAAAUUUGGUAAAUCCGAGUUUACUUACCGUUAAGAGAAACUACAAGAGAUGGCUUGCCCCAACUCUGAAAGAACUGAAAAGACGAAAGAUGAAGAUGGGUCCAGAACCACCUACGCGGCGUUCUGCAUUCUUAGAGUGGAACUAUCAUGCUGAACUGUUUGCUUUUGGAAAACGUCUGGGUGAAGAAUUUCGAAAAGAUUUACUUCAGCGUGCAUUUACUCACCGUUCAUACAUAGUACAAGAGGAAAUGAGACAGAAGGAAGUUGGUAUUGAAGAUCCAAAGCUCAGCCUUGAGGAUAACCAGGAGUUCAUUAGGAGAGGAGAAACACUCAUGAGUGAAUAUUUGAAAUGUCAUCUCCGAGUUGCCUUACCUCGAUUCCCAGAGGAAGGGAUAUGUGCUGUUCAUGGCUAUUUGAUGACAGAUAAAACAUUAGCCCAUGUUUCCAGACAUCUUGGAACCAAAGAUAUAAUUCUUUCUUCUGAUUUUCCUGUUGAAGAAGUUACUCUUGCAACAACACUGAAGGCUUUAGUUGGAGCACUUGCAGAGAGUUCUGGAGCAGUUCGGGCUAGAGAGUUUGUCCGUGAUUUCAUUCUUACACAACUAGCAGGAAGAGACAUAAAUGAAUUCUGGGAAAUAAAAGAUCCAAUGAGAACUCUUGCAGACAUAUUGAAACGUGAUGGCAGGGGCGAACCAGAGCCAAGACUUAUCAACGAAAGUGGACGUAACACAAUACUUGCCACUUACCAAGUUGCUGUGUACUCAGAUAAACAAUUUAUAGGAUUAGGUUAUGGUGAGUCCAUUUCCAUUGCAGUUGAGAUGGCUGCACAUGAUGCUCUGAAGCGUCUGUUCCAUACCACAGAGAACAUGAAACCUAUCCCAUUUACAGUGGAUGUUCGUAGUAUGUCAUAUGAUGAAUCAAAGUGGAACACAAGUGUUAAUGACUGGAGUAGUGCAAAAGUUGAAAAUGUUGACUGUUAAUAGGAACCACUGCAGUUACCACUUAUAGAUAGCAAGAAGUUUCCCAUCGGCAUACACAGUCUUCACAGUUCCAUCUGGAUACUCACGGCGCUAGAAUAAAGAUAAACCAAACACAAUUUUUAAGAAAUUGUGGUAAUAUGAAGAUGGUGUGUUAAGGUUGAUGGUUGGAAAAUAUUUAUUGAUUUCAAUUUCUGGAAAAUAAAAUGAUACAGAAUAGAAAAAUUCAAUAAUUGUUGACUGGUGUGAUCAUAGUCAGAACAGUGGCAUUUGUUAUUUGUGGCUAUCCAACAUAGUGGCCAACAGUUGAAAUGGAAACUUGAAAAGGACACAUAAAAUGAACUGAUCUAAUCUUUGGCAGUGGCAUUUACAAAAAUAAAUGAUGAUGAACACACCACAGAAACGAGACUCCAGAAUGGUAGGUUAUAUCUUUAAUUUACAUAAUUAUAUUUGUUAGAACAUUCCCCUGUAUCAAAAUGUAGGUCUUAAACUGUGAGAAACAUUGCACUGAGAUAAUGUAUUAGGAACUUCCAACAGCUUAACAUCCCUUUGGUGACAUAUUUUUAUGUUUACAUAUUUCACUGAAUAUUGUGAUUUGAAUAUAAAAAAGCUUCAUUGAUGCUGAACUAAA